ACCUGUGCUGCUUCUUGACCCACCUCUGUCGACUGUGUGUGUGUGAUCGGGAUACAAUACACCGUUUUUUCCCCCUCUACCUCACCCAUGCACACACACUCCCGUUAUUUCAGGGCGCUGGAGGUGAUAUUCGUCUUUACCUGUCCGGCUCGCACACCUGAGCGGACUCACCUGUCCGCCCGAAAACACUUCUCGUUGUUUUUUGUUUGAGUGCGGCAAAGAAAGCAAAGGUGUGCGCGGAAAAAGAGGGACUUUAAAGCGGCACGCAGUUUACGAAACGAGAAGAAAGGUGCAAGGAGGAAGGAGGAGAAGAGGGGACCGACACCUUCCAUUUUUUUUCUCCCAACUUUGAAGUUUCCUGCUGUUGUAACUUUUUGUUACGUCGCCAGCUUCUCUUCUAACCUCCAAACAAGGACUGGGUGUUAAUUAAGCAUGCCGAGGGCCUUUCUGGUGAAGAAGGCGAAUGUUUCGCCGGGAAAGCGGAACUGGAGCGAGCUGCCUGAUAAUGAGCGAGGGGACGUCUACAUCCCAGUCUCCAUCUUUCCCCCAUCCGUCCUGACGAUGGAAGCCGAAGCCAGCCCCGCAGAGACGACACCGCUCUGCCUCACCAAACACUCUCUCUCCGACACGCAAACCUACGCCGAGCUGCCCUCCAGCACGAUGCUGGGCCGACGGCAGAGCCCAGCGCCUUCACCGGGGGAGAGGUCAGAGGUCAGACGGAGGUCGCAGGGCGCCUCCACAUAUAUCCGGUCCAAAAUCAAGGUAACUACAGGCGAGCUGCCUCCCGAUCCCUCUCAUCUUCCUCUCUCCCUUCCGCCCAUUCCCACUCCACCAACCCUGACUCCGGACGCCACCGUGAUGCCAGUCACCCUGACGAAAACACCUGAUCCCAUGGAAGCGGUUUCCAUGGUAACCAGAUCAACAGGUCAAAGUUUGAGUUCGUCGGCAGGGUCGACUGGGUCGACGGGGAACUAUGUGUGCCAGGUUUGCCAGAAGACCUUCCAGUACCAGCGAAUGUUAAACAGACAUGUCAAGUGUCACAACGAGACCAAGAGGCACCUGUGCAGCUUCUGCGGCAAAGGCUUCAAUGACACCUUUGACCUCAAGAGACACGUGCGCACGCAUACAGGAGUCCGUCCCUACAAGUGCACCCUGUGUGACAAGGCCUUCACCCAGCGCUGCUCCCUGGAGUCCCACAUGAAGAAGAUCCACAGCGUCACCCAGAAGUACGCCUACAAGGAGCGGCGCAACAAGCUGUACGUCUGCGAGGAGUGCGGCCUGACGUCGGGAUCUCAGGACGAGCUGCUGAUCCACCUGCACUCGGUCCACCCUGGAAGCGCCCUGCUGAAGGGGAAGGCUGCGAGGAGAGCCGGAGCUGGAGGAGGAGGAGGAGGAGGAAGAGCAGGAUCGCUACCAAGCUCUCCUCAAGGUGCUGAAAGUGAUGACACGACGGGAUCAGGAGGGCAGUAGAGGAGAGGAGUAACGACAAACUCAGGACAUAUGGACAAACACUGUAGCUGAAGUGAGACAUGUCGGGUGGAUGACGAGACAGAUUACAUAGCAGUAAACGGGGAAAGUAAACGUGUGUAUAUGUAUGAAUGUAUGUGUGUGUGGAUUUGGGUAUCUGUAUAUAUCGCAGACUGCAAUGUUAAAUGAAAUCACGCACCAAACAAUGCCAAGUUUGACUCUGACUAAUAUAUAUUUUUACAUUGGGAUUGUGAUGUGGAAGAGUUUAUUAACAUGUCUGACAAUACCAACGUAUUUUUCUUCAAUUGUAUUGUAUUGCAUGGGAAUGCUACCUGUGGGCUUCUUCGUACAGAGUUUUUCUAUGAAAAAAGUACUUUGUUCAUUAAAGGGAGUAAUAUAUUACACGAGGAUGAAUUCUCUUUCUGUCAUGUUGUGUUUUAAUGUAAGCUAUUUAUUAGUGCAUCCUGGUUCAGCAGCGUUUAAAGUUCAAGGGACAUAGUUUUCCUCUAACUUGUAGCGCUAAAUAUCAGUCUAGAUUUUUUUGGUGUAAGUUGCCGAGUGUUGGAGAUGUCAGCCAUAGUGCCAAGAAAUACAUUUGAAAAAGUCAACAGCAAUGUCAUGGCCCGGUUACUCAAGAUAAUCCACAGACCUUGUUGUGGGCAGUUUAAUGUAGGAACUAUUUUAUUUCUACCGAACUACACCUGCUCACUGUAUCACUGCGCAGAAGGAAGUGUGCAUCUACUCAUGGACGAGAGGCUCGUGCUGGUGUUGCUCUGCAGCUGUAGGGACUAUGAAUGGAAAAACAUCCAACAUGUUAACGCACAUUUAAUGGCAUUACUAAGAUGUACAAGAAAGGACGGUAGAAGACAUACGGCCACACCAAUGUCACCGGGCUAGAAAGCCUGUGGACCAUGUGGACCUUUUUGUGACCAUGUGACAUUAGUGUGGCCGUAUGUCUUCUACCAUCCUUUCUUGUUUGUCUGUUGUACUGACGCACCCAAGACAAACUUUUUUGUUUUGUUUGUAGGCGCAGUUUCACAGCAGCCCUAAAACAUCACCCAGAUGUGUCAAUCAACAGAAUCUUUCUAUAACGUAGUCUGCGAUGACAUGACGACACAGCAACCCUUAGGGGAUAUAUAUUCUGGUGGCGCACUGGUGGAAGUGUAGCGGUGUGGAUCAGCGUGGAUAAAUGAAAAAUGAAAACAAACUUUAUAUCAGCUGGUAACACAUUACGUGACAUUGUAAAUGUAAUAAUAUUGCCCCAAAUCCUGUUAUUACUUUAUUACUGCUAAACGUACGAUACUUUAACAUGCUACAUUUGUAACGCGUUACACUGGUGAGAGCACAUUUUAUAAAAAAUUAAGGCUGUCGAGCGAUUUGAAACAUUAACCUAAUUACUUACAUGCUCUGUGAUUAAUUAAUCAAAGUUUAUCAUGUACAUCAACUUUUACAUUGAAAGUAUUUUUAAAAUUUCGGUUCAAAUGAAUUUUGGCACGUGUCGCAGUAAAGCUGCUGGAUUGUGGACACACUCCUCCCCCUGUCGUCUACCACCGAAACUGGUCUGCAAUCCAUUUUGUAAGGGAGUUAGUUAGUCGGUCACAGGUAGACUUUCUCAAUUUGUGACUGGACACCUGGUCGAGUGAGACUUGGGGAAGCUAGCUGCCAACCAACAGUCUCACCUGGCCAUUCUUUAAAUGUAAAUGUUCCAUUCACGGGGCCAAGCAGCGUCGUCUCGUCUGCCUCCAUCAUGUGUGGCCUUCAGUGGCGCACGGGGUCGAAGGGCACCGCGGAAUGCGAUUAAUCAGCGUUAAUUUUUUAAGGCAUGAUUUCUUCUGUGAUUAAUCAGUUAAAAUAAAUGCGUUAUUUUGACAUCCCUAGUAAAAAUUAAUAGCGCCCUCCUCAGCUGAGCUGUAAUGUUAGCUAGCUCAGUGGUGCUAGGUGAGCUAGCAGUAGAGCCAUGCUUCCUUUUGCGCAAUGAUACGGUUGGCAGGUGUAGUUCAGUAAAACGACAAUACAUGAAACUGCUCUCAUCAAGGUCUGUGGAUUAUCUUGAGUAACGGGGUCAUGAUUUCUGGAAAGAGACAUUGCUGUUGAGUUUUUAAGAUUUGUUUUUUUUUUUGGUGUUUUGAGCACCCCAAGCCGAGUGCUAUCUAGGCAACUCACACCAAAACAAUCCAGACUGAUACUACUGAUAUUAGAGCACUUCAGGUAGUAGUAGGUGCAUGCAACGGUAAACCCAUUUUCAAGCAUGCAUGUGCAUGAAAUGCCAAGAAUAGACUUGUUAUGUUAGUAAAAAUACGUACAUCAGAUAGAUUAAGGUGCAGUUUACUUUUACAGGGGUGACACUUUUAGACAACUGACAAGAACACCAACUUCAGUUAACUUCCAAAUUGCUCAACUUAGUGGGUGGUGUAAAAGUAAUUUAGGAUAUAAGCAAAAGAAUAUGAAAUAUUUACAUAAUAUCCGAGUGAUGACAGGAAAUGUUGCUACAGACACAAAAGGAAUUCUUGGUUUGGCUGCUGACAUUUAGAGCUGUAAAUCCAUGUGGUCACAAUUAAAUGUAUGUUUCUCCAUCCUCUAAAACACUGCUGUUUUUGUAAGCUUAGUCAUUAUUUGAGCUGUAAAAGUUCUGUCGAUCUCUGUUUCCUCUUCAAACUCUAUGUGUGAGUGCAUGAAAGGUGUCUGUUAUGCAUUAAUUAUGCUGCUUCUUCCCCCCAAGCUUUUUGACUGUGUUGAAGACAGAGAGAGGUUGUGGUUUGAAGGGUGAGGUUGGAUUCUUGGUCUCUGUCGGGUCUUGUUGGAGGAAUCCUGCAAACGCCCUUCAGCCUGAGGAAACAGGGAGGCGGAUUCGGCUGACAGUCAGAUAACGGUCUUGGAAGUUAACUGAGGCCGAUUGUAUUGAAGACGCCUGAAAGUCAUAUUGUCAGUCACACCAUUAUCCUUGUGAAUAAACUCUCCUGAUACAUACAGAAUUUUCUUUAAAGCUGUAUUUUAACACAAAU